AUGAGCAAAGGGUCAAAGAUCAAAGAGAAAGAGACCUUCAAGCUUUGUGAACAAGGCUUCUUUGAAGGAAAAGCUACAACACAUUCUCAUCAGGACAGUUCAAGGAACGAUGAGAUGAUGGAUGCUAACUGGAUUUUGAAGAAAUUGGGUAAAGAUUCAAUAGGAAAGAGAGUAGAAGUCCAUGGAUCUCAAAACUCAUGAGAGAAUCACAGAUCUUCCCUCGCUGAGAAGAUGGCGGCUAUUGCGCGUCUUCACCUGUCGGCUAAAUCGAAUCAGAGCAGUCUACCACCACCGAGAGUGAUCAACCUCUCUCGCAAUCCAAUCCUCAGAGUCUCAUUUCCACGAAAUGGAUCCGUUUGCUCACUCCACACCAACUUCUCAUCUCCAAACCUCGCGAUUCCAUGCGCCGGAGGUGGCGGUGGUGGAAACUUCGGUAAUCCAGGCUCAGGUGGUGGAAGCGGCGGAGGUGGUUACGGAGGCUCAAGCGGCGGCGGAGGAGGAGGAGGAGAAGAAGCAGAAGGAGGAUCGUCUUCAUGGGGACCAAUUGGAAUGUUCAUCGAAGGAUGGAGAUCACGAGUCACAGCUGAUCCUCAAUUCCCUUUCAAAGUACUAAUGGAAGAGCUCGUUGGAGUCAGCGCCUGUGUCCUCGGAGACAUGGCGUCACGACCUAAUUUCGGUUUAAACGAGCUCGAUUUCGUCUUCUCCACUCUAAUCGUAGGUUCGAUUCUGAAUUUCACACUCAUGUACCUCUUAGCUCCCACCGCAGCGACUGUUGGCUUAUCCCAAAGCUUACCUGGAAUCUUUAGAAACUGUCCUGCGAGCCAUAUGUUUGAACAGGGAAGCUUCACGGUUAUGAAUCGAUUUGGGACUCUUGUGUACAAAGGAAUGGUUUUCGCGACUGUUGGAUUAGCUGCAGGGCUUGUUGGUACGGCAAUCUCUAACGGGUUGAUUAUGUUGAGGAAGAAGAUGGAUCCGAGUUUCGAGACGCCGAACAAACCGCCGCCGACUGUGCUGAAUUCGCUGACGUGGGCGACGCAUAUGGGUGUGAGCGCCAAUGUGAGGUACCAGACGUUGAAUGGGGUUGAGUUCUUGCUUGCGAGGGCGUUGCCGCCUGUGGUUUUCAAGACUGGGGUGGUGGUUUUGAGGUGUGUGAACAAUGUUGUGGGAGGGAUGUCGUUUGUUGUGCUGGCGAGGAUUACUGGAGCACAGUCGGUGGAGGAGGAGAAGACAGAGACGUCAGUGGAGGAGGAGAAGAUAGAGAUUUCAGUGAAGGAGAAGGAUGUUUGA